CUUAUCUGCACUGUAGGCUCACGUGGAUGUUGCUAGAAGGUCCCUUAUCCGAGAGGGAGGGGGGUGAGAGAGGGAUGUGCUCCGGUGUAGGAUUAGCCUACUGGCUGUAUAAACGGCUGUUUAAUAAUCUUAGCUGCAGCCAUCAGCUUUAUUUCUGAGCAGUGGUGUAGGACGCUAUUUCCGCCCCCGCUUUCGCUCUCUUUCUCUCUCUCUCGGAUACUUCAGCCAUUUCUGCUUCUCUGUGAGUGCCUGGAUCUCAGCAAAACAAAGAGAGGGGGUAGGAGGAGAGACAGAAAACGUGUUCAUCUGGAGAAGAUUAACUCAGUCACACCUCAGAUCAAACACCUAAGGCACUGGCAUGACCCAAGGGAAGGUCUCAGCGAUGAACAAACCGACCAAUGGAAUGCAAGAAGGGGGGAUGCCUGCUGCCCCGCCCAGCUACGAGGAGGCAACUGCAGGAAGCAGCCCGUGCUACAGUGGGGGUUACUAUGGAGACCGGGAGAUGCUGACAGAGUGGAGCUGGCACGAUCAGAACAUUCGCCGCAUCUUCAUACGGAAGGUAUAUACGAUCCUAAUGACCCAGCUGUUAAUCACUCUGGCCAUUGUGGCGCUGUUCACUUUCUGUGACCCAGUGAAGAUCUACAUUCAGACCAAUCCAGGCUGGUACUGGGCCUCUUAUGCAGUGUUCUUUGUCACAUACCUGACACUGUCUUGCUGCACAGGACCAAGGAGACGGUUUCCAUGGAACCUGAUCCUACUGGCCGUGUUUACAGCCAGCAUGGCCUUCAUGACUGCCUUUGUGUCCAGUUUUUAUAACACCAAGUCAGUGAUGAUCUGCCUGGGCAUCACUGCAAUGGUCUGCCUGUCUGUGACCAUCUUCAGCUUCCAGACCAAGAUUGACAUCACUUCCUGCCAAGGCGUUCUUUUUGUGCUGUGCAUGACCAUGUACUUCUGCGGGAUUAUGUUGUCUAUCGUCCUGCCCUUUGGAUAUGUUCCCUUGUUGGAUGCUAUCUACGCAGCGAUGGGAGCCAUCCUCUUUACCAUGUUCCUCGCCUUUGACACACAGCUAUUGAUGGGGAACAAGCGUUACGCCAUAGGCCCGGAGGAGUGCGUCUUCGCCACGCUCAACAUCUACCUGGACAUCGUCUACAUCUUCUCCUUCCUCCUCCAGAUCUUUGGGUCAGAGCAGGAUUAAUCCGCUGCAGACCUUUCGGCUCCGCGGUUCUGCUCGUCCGCUCUAUUAUCGUUCGCUUCUUCCUUCCUUUCCCAGUCCCUCAUUCAAGCACCACUGUCAAAUGUCAUUUUACAAUAAAGGUCCCGGUUUUAGUCACAUGCUUUGAAAUUCAUAGACAUUUUGAUGUAAAGCUGAGCGUUCUGAUAUUACGUAUUAGCCUACCUGCUGCACUUUAUGAUUUACCACCAGAAUCAGCAAACAACAACCAAAAACCUCCCACAUGAAUUAUCUCCUAUUGCACUAAAUGGUCCACUGAAUUGAUUCUUCUGCUUGAUGUGUACUUUAUACUUUAUCCCCCUUUUCUCUAAAUUUGCAAUCGUGCUAACACUGCAAUGCUCAUCGCAACCUCAGUGUGGCGCUGCAUGAUGAGACGCUGUUGUCCACGACCAGCUGAAACCCUUCAGCCCUUAGUGAGGCCAACACCGGGUGUGUGUUGCUCUGCUGGGCUGCCGGGCCACAGCUGGCACUGGCACGGUCCAGAUUCAAUGCCCGGCCUUUACAGAACAUAUUCAUUUAAAACCUUUACAAUAUACAUUCUGAAUAUUCCGUAUGCUGAUUUUCACAGGUAGAUGCUGUGGAGUAAGCUGCCACAACUUUGUGAAUUUAUUCGUUUUUCUGUGACAAAAAAGAAAAGGGGAGAAGAAGAAGAAGAAAAUAGUAGUGUGACACUGACAUGUAAAGAUUUGUUUUAGCACUAACUUCAUGGAGAGCAUUAAAAGAGAUGUUUUAUGGAAUGCUAUUAAGAAUGGUUGUUAAAUCACAUGUAUCGAAUUACAUGUACUGCACAAUGAAAGAUGAAUGUGUAAUAGUGUAUAGUGAAGAGGGUGUGUCCAUGAACAUUAUAUUUUUUCAUUGCAAAUAAAUUAUUUAAUAUCGA